UUCCGAUCCGCUUAACAUAUCCAUCAAAAAGUCUCUCCUCCUAGUUCCGCGCCAUGCCAAGCCGACUACGACUGUCAUACCGCACAAUUAAUGAUGUGAAUACUAUACAGUCCCUAAUAACUCGCCCGCUAAGUCACACAACAGAAACAAGGUCUGCGGAAAGUGUGAUCUUUGGGCCCACAAAACCCCCGCGGGAGUCAUUCUGUACUAUUCAAACCCCAAGAGACUCGACCAAUAAUGCCUUGUUUUGCUCUCAGAAAGCACAGUUUUGGUGUUUCGCAGUCAGCGAAGUGUAGGGAUCACGAGCAAGAAAACAGAGAAGAAGGAGACUCGGAACAAGGAGACAAGAAAGAAGAAGUGACUUCACCGGCCGCGAUGUUUCGCAAUGGCCGGCCCUACAAAUCCUGGUACAAGUCACGAUCCCGGAGUAUUUUGGUCGCUCUGUGGUCUCUAUGCACGAUUUUUAUUGGGAUUAUGAUAGUGGUGGUGUUCGUUCAAGCGCAGUGGCUUGGUGGAAAGGAUAGCGCUUCUGGCCUACAAACUGACUUCGGACUUUAUCGUAGUUGCACGGGAGGCAGUACGGGACGUUGCUCUGGGGAACUGAACCACUUCUCCUCAAUCCCAUCGUCCGCUUGGAAAGCUGCUACUAUAUUUGUGUUGUUCGCGUUUAUUUCGAUUUUUGGCUCGCUCGUCGUGGUAUUUGUUUAUUCAUUAUGCUGUUUGAACAAGUCUGGCUUGGGAUUUCGCUUUUGCAGUGGAUUACAAGCUUUUUCCGGAUGCUGUCUUAUGCUGGCCUGUCUGAUCUAUCCUUCUGGCUGGGAUGCGCCUACUGUCCGAGCGGUCUGCGGUUCAAGCGCCGGCUCAUAUCAAUCGGGCUCUUGUGACGUCAAAUGGUCAUAUUGGGUGGCACUCGUGUGCAUGUUUGACGCUUUUAUACUCAGCUUUCUCUCACUGAUGUUUAUUGAGAAAGAAGGAUUUUUGAAAACCUUAAAGCCGAAGAGGAAAAACAUUUCCAGUUUUACCCGUAAUGGUAUCAGCUCCUCGAAAAAUAACAAUGGAACGAAGAACACAGCAUUCACGGUGGACCAGGAAGACACCCACCUUUAGAUAACGUGACAUGACUUAUAACACAGAUAGGUCAUGUGACCUGGCUGAGAACGGGGAUGGGUCAUGUGACCUGGUUAAAAGAAGAGAUAGGUCAAGUGACCUGGCGUAAAAAAAGAGAUAGGUCAUGUGACCUGGCUAAAACAGAGAUGGGUCAUGUGACCUGGCUAAAACAGAGAUGGGUCAUGUGACCUGGCUAAAACAGAGAUAGGUCAUGUGACCUGGCUUAAACAGAGAAAGGUCAUAUGACUUGGCUAUAAACAGAGAUAGGUCAUGUGCCUGGCUAAAAACAUUGAUUGGUCAAGCGACCUGGCUAAAAGAAGAAAUGGGUCAGGGACCUGGCAGGGAUGGGCAAAGCGAUUUUGGCUUAGCAGAGAUUGGCGGUGAGACUAGAAAUGGGCAAAGUUACUUUGCUUGGAACUCGUGCCCAGGGUACGCGCGCACCUUCUGUUUGUUAAGAGUUGCUUUGUUGAACUCAGGAUGACGACACCCCGUACCCGCACCUGCACGGUCAACUGCAUGAUAGUCAGUCAUGAUAGUCACAUCGCCACCCUCGUCAUCUUCAACGACGCCACAUUAAUCAGCAUCAACAAAAUGAUUACUGUUGUCUUCAGAAUUGUCAUUAGGCACUUCAGGUGUGUCCCUUAGCGUUUGAACAUUGUAAAUAGCAUAAAGUUAUUAAAAAACACACAAAAUAAUCACGAACGAAAGACAUUUUCUGUUAAGAUAAUAAUGCGCAUCUGCUUUGCCCUUAUUUUCUAUAAUAUAAUACCGUUAUUGCAUUGAGUGGUCUUGUGCAGAUCCUCAUUUUCUAUAAUAUAAUACCGUUAUUGCAUUGAGAUGUAGGGGUCUUGUGCAGAUCCUCAUUUUCUAUAAUAUAAUGCCGUUAUUGCAUCGAGAUGUAGGGGACUUGUGCAGAUCUUUAUAUUCUAUAAUAUAAUACCGUUAUUGCAUUGA